GAGGUGGAUCCUUUAACGAUGUGGGGAGCCCGCAAGCUGAGCUCCUCCGGGAGUCGUUUCUUGGGAGUGUUUAAGUCGGGGUGCCGGCGUACACAGGCUGACUGCUCUCGCUUAACCAGGUCGAGGGUCUAUUUAGAGAAUCAGCUCAGUUGGACUCUACAAAUUAAACCAUGGGUUUUCAGUAAAUACAGAAUUAUGUGGUUCAAAUCAUACAGAAUGAAUUUUGCCUGCUUGAAUACAAUGAAAAAUUACAGAUACCCUUGGACAAGACUGUACAGUACUUCUCAAACCACUGUAGACAGCAACGAGGUGAAAACCUUCCUGACCCUGGCUCACAAGUGGUGGGAUGAGCAAGGAGUGUAUGCACCUCUUCAUUCUAUGAAUGAUCUGAGGGUACCGUUUAUUAGAGACAAUCUUUUAAAAACAGUUGCUAAUCACCAGCCAGGAAAACCUUUGUCCGGGAUGAAGAUUCUUGAUGUUGGCUGUGGUGGUGGAUUGUUAACGGAACCUCUAGGGCGGCUUGGGGCUUCAGUUAUUGGAAUUGACCCUGUGGAUGAGAACAUUAAAACAGCACAGCACCAUAAAUCAUUUGAUCCAGUUCUGGAUAAGAGGGUAAAAUACAGAGCGUGUUCCCUGGAAGAGAUUGUGGAAGAGACUGCAGAAACGUUUGACGCUGUCAUAGCUUCUGAAGUUGUAGAGCAUGUGAUUGAUCUAGAAACAUUUAUACAGUGCUGCUGUCAAGUGUUAAAACCUGGUGGUUCUUUAUUCAUUACUACAAUCAACAAAACACAGCUAUCCUAUGCUUUGGGAAUUGUUUUUUCAGAGCAAAUUGCAGGUAUUGUACCGAAAGGUACUCAUACCUGGGAGAAGUUUGUUUCACCUGAAAAGCUAGAGAGCAUUCUGGAAUCAAAUGGUCUGUCAGUUCAAACUGUGGUGGGAAUGAUCUACAACCCCUUUUCAGGAUAUUGGCAUUGGAGUGAGAAUACCAGCCUUAACUAUGCAGCUCUUGCUGUGAAACUGGAAAACCCAGUGCCUGCUGGGUUUGUUUUAAAGGGAGAAACUGAAGAGCUCCAAGCUACUGCCUCCACCAACCCAGCUGUGCACGAUGAACUGAAGAAAUGAAUUGUUUCUAAGGACUGUAGUAAUGUGGCUUGAAAGCUUGAUGUUUAUAAAUACAAAAAAUAUACAGUUUAAUUUUUGAGAGAUUUUGCAGAAAAGAAAGUCAAUAAAAAGGGCCAAAAACCUUGGAUAAAA